CUAAUGGCGUGCACUCCAGUCGGCUCGGAUCUUGAAGCUUUUCAGACGUCGGUCUGGUAGACCUAAACAGCAGCUUGUCGAACUCCCUCCACCCCAGGGUCGCUCAAUUGCUCCCCAUUUGCCGACCAUUUUACUCCCACACAUCUCAAUUCCUAUCUAGCUUGCGCGAUAAUGUUGUCGAGGUCUGCUUUCGCUCGCACAGCGCAACGUGCGCUCCGGACACAAGGUGCCAGCGGUCGUCGAGCCUUCGCUUCCGCCGAGAGCCCAAGUCUUCAGUACGAGACUACCGAGGCCGCAGGUGUCAAAUUGGCCAACAGAGAUGUUGGAGGUCCGACUACGACGCUGGCGUUGGUUGCAAAGGCUGGUCCUCGCUACCAGCCAUUCCCUGGCUUUACGGAUGCCCUUGAGCAGUUCGCCUUCAAGACUACCUUGAAACGGUCGGGCCUGCGUAUCACCCGUGAGGCAGAGCUCUUGGGAAGCGACCUCACAGCAACACACACCCGCGAAAAUGUCAUCCUCCAAGCCAAGUUCUUGUCUGAAGAUCUCCCUUACUUCACCGAGUUGCUCGCAGAGGUUUCUUCGCAGACAAAGUACUCCGCUUUUGAGUGGAAUGAAUUGAUUCUCCCCACCAUCAAGCUCCGUCAACAAACUCUUCUAGAGAACGCGGAGAACCUGGCUUUGAACUCAGCCCACUCCACUGCUUUCCACCGCGGUCUUGGUGAGAGCCUUUUCGCUACUUCCUCUACCCCAUUAGAGUCGUACUUCUCGUCCGAAGGCCUCGCCGAAUACGCCCAAAGUGCGUACGCCAAAUCCAACAUUGCUCUUGUCUCAGUCGGUCCCAACUCUGCAGAGCUCUCGAAGUGGGUGAGCCAGUUCUUCGGUGAACACUCCACUGCUACUCCCUCCAGCCAAUUCAAGGUCAAAGAGUCUUCGCCCUCCAAGUUCUACGGUGGCGAGCAACGCACUUCCAGCAAGGCCGGCAAUGCCGUUGUCAUCAGCUUCCCCGGCUCUGCUCAAUACGGUGCUUCGGGAUACAAACCCGAGGCUGCCGUUCUCGCCGCCCUCCUCGGUGGUGAAUCUUCCAUCAAGUGGACUCCUGGCUUCUCCCUCCUUUCCAAGGCCAUUGAGGGCCACUCUGGCGUCAAAGUCUCGACAAAGAACUACGCAUACUCGGAUGCUGGCCUCUUCACAAUCUCAGUUACUGGAAAGCCAGAGUCAGUCUCUGCCGUUUCCAAGCGUGCUGCUGAUGCUCUUAAGAAGGUCGCUGGUGGUGAGGUUGCUGCUGAAGAUAUCAAGAAGGCCAUUGCCUUGGCCAAGUUCCGCACUCUUGAAGCCGCCCAGGUUCUCGAGACCGGUGUAGAGCUUACUGGCUCUGCCUUGAUCAAUGGUACUAAGGCCCUACAGAUCUCCGACGUUGCUUCUGGCUUCGACAAGGUCUCACCCCAACAGGUCCAGGAGCUCGCCAAGUCCUUCGUCACCGGAAAGGCAUCCGUCGCCGUCGUCGGAGAUCUCUUCAAGCUCCCCUUCGCCGAAGACCUUGGCCUGACCGUUUAAAUUAAAAAGUCAGCAUAAUAUUAAAAGGGAAACCCAACCCCCUCUUCAAUAUUCUAGAUCGGUUCAAAUUUUUGGGUGACGAACAGCGUCCACAAGAGCAAAUGUCCCUAUUUUCCCUGUAAAGUGCCACCUUUUCUCAGUGUUGCAACCAAACAGAUAUAUCUCCUUUGUGUGUGUCUGUAUUUGUAUCGUAUUGCCAAAUCUAGCAAAUUUUUAGACAACCAAUUUUCUUCCUUUUGUAUAUGCAGCUUUGGUCUUGGUAUCUCUUAUUUCUGUCAGGCUGUAGGUCGUAUUUAAAGAUCAUAUUAUCAUUUCUAUUCAAUUAUCGAGUGAGAAUAAAUUAUAUUGAAGUGGAG